UGAAAUGUAUCGAACUCCAUAUGGAGGCAGACUUCAUUAUGAACUUCCGGGAGGAAAUGAAUUAAUCAUACAUCUCAAGGAUAAAACUAAAAUUCGACACAAGAAAAGAUGGAGUCAGGUCAUGUACAUGUUUUACAUACUGCAAUGGAAAUUAGAGCGCGAGUUCAAAAAAGAGGACUUACAAAUAGCUGCAGAGAAUACAUACAUUUUAGCGCUUGAUGGCGACGUUGACUUUGAACCGGAAGCAGUGCUCAGUUUGAUGAGGCGCAUGAAUAAAUCAAAGAUUGUAGGAGCUGCAUGUGGAAGAAUUCAUCCAAUAGGAACAGGACCAAUGGUAUGGUAUCAAAAGUUUGAAUAUGCAAUAAGUCAUUGGUUACAAAAAGCUACCGAACACGUGAUUGGCUGUGUAUUGUGUAGUCCUGGGUGUUUCAGCCUUUUUCGUGGAUCCGCUAUUUUACAUGCAGAUGUAUUGGAGACAUACACAACGGUACCAACAGAAGCUCAACAUGUAGUGCAGUAUGAUCAAGGUGAGGAUAGGUGGCUUUGCACGCUUUUAUUGAAAGAAGGUUGGCGUGUUGAAUACUGCGCAGAAUCCGACGCUUAUACAUUUGCACCAGAAGGCUUCUAUGAGUUUUACAAUCAACGUCGACGUUGGUCACCUUCAACCAUGGCAAAUAUUUUAGAUCUUAUCGUCGACUGGAAGAAUGUUACGAAGAAAAACGAAAAUAUCUCUUUCCUGUAUAUAGCGUAUCACGUUUUCCUCUUUAUAUCUACACUGUUAACUCCAGGAACAAUAUUCAUGCUUAUACUGGGUGCUAUAAUUGUUGGAUUUGAGGCUAUUCCACCAUGGCUGUCACUGAUUCUGAACCUGGUUCCAGUUGGUGUGUUUCUUCUCAUGUGUUUGUAUGCUUCGACUCAGAGACAGCUUCAAUUUGCUGCCAUCUUAUCCUGCAUAUAUGCCAUCGUCAUGGCGAUCGUUUUGCUUGGUGUAAUCAGAGACGCAAUAAACGACGGCUUGUGCUCAGUGACCACCAUCUUCAUAAUGUUUGUCGCAGGCGUUUUUGUCAUUUCAGCUAUUCUACAUCCACAGGAAUUCCUUUGUUUAAUACCAGGACUUCUCUAUUUUCUCGCAAUACCGUCAAUGUGUAUGCUAAUGUUUCUGUAUUCCAUUGGAAACCUACAUGUGGUAUCAUGGGGUACCAGAGAAACUAAGCAGGAGCCUGAUAGCAAAACCCAGAAGUCAAACCACGUACCAGAAAAUGAUGAGAAGGGUUAUUUUUGUUCGCUUGGUAGUUUUUGUAGCUGUAUUGUCUGUCCUACAAAUAAUUAUACACAGGAAGAUUUUCUGUACACCAACAUGUUGAACAAGAUGAAAAAAGUGAUGAAAAUGGAGAAACAAGACAGUGUGUCAGAGGUUAGCCAAGGUCCACCUGCGCAGAAUAAAACACAAAGGGCAACUGAUAUAAUUAGGAAUGAAGAGAGUGCAGAUACAGAAAAAGAGACCGAAGUACAUCCCAUAGAUGUGAAUGAAAUCAAUAAAAAUGAUGAAUAUCUUCUCGAUGAAAAAUAUCCAGAAAUUGAAAAGAAAGAAAGAAAAUUUUGGAAAAGGACUAUCAAACAAUAUUUAAAACCUCUAAAGAAAAACAUUCAGAAGGAGAAAGCAAUUGAGCAAGAAUUAAUUGAGUUACGGAACAAGGUUUGCCUUUUCGUAUUUCUAUUGAAUGCCAUACUUGUCACUGUUAUGUUUGGAUUGACACAAGUCAACACGUUCAAGAAUUCCCUCACGAUUUAUUUCCCCUGCGAUGGCAGAGACGCUACGAUCGUCCCGAUUGCAGUGUUAUUCGCUGUAGUAUUUGGAUUGCUUUUAUUGCUUCAGUUUCUCUGCAUGCUUUAUCAUAGGUUUUCAACGCUAGUGCACAUAGCUGCAAGUACGGAUAUCAAAGACAAUCAAAAAGCUAAAAACACAAAUAUUCAUAAUCAAAUGGCCGAUUUGAUGACAAAAUCUGUGAUCGAUCCACAACCACAACAAGCAAUGAGUUCAGACAAAGAUAGAACUAUCUUGGAUAAAAACAGAUCAAUGAUGCUAAGUAUAACCGAACGAAACAAAACAAAGUUCGCACAUUUGAGUGAUGUAGUCGAUGAAAACCAGGAGAUGUUACGCCAAGUAGUCAAGGAAAACCAAAACAUGCUAAGCCAAGGAGUCGAUAAAAAGAAAAAGUUUGGAGAUUUUUAUAUCAAAAAUAAGGAUGUUUCGCAGAAAGCUCUUAACAUAUGGGCAAGCUUUGCGAAAUCUAAAUCUAAAUCUAGGGACGGGGUCAUUAACGAAGAAAGCACGGAACAAAUUGACCUUGAAAAACAACAGCAAAUAUCCAAUGACAAACACUUGUUUGAAAAGAGAAGGAGACAUGGAAAAAAAGUUACGGCUGGUAGCAGAGAAAAGAGUCUAUCAGUAGUUUCGGUUUCUAGUAGUGAUGGAGAUAAUGUAUCCAGACAUUCUAAAAGGAAUCACCGCAAAGUGAAAAUUCCGAAAGGAAGUGAUGAAACUGUUUAAAAAAUGAUAUAUGAAGGCAUUAUUUGCGAAUGCUUAACAAUAUAGUAAAUUGGCACUUAUACGUACUUUUUAGAAUGGCAGUUCUUUUUGGCAUUCGAAUUUUUCAAAGUUAAACAUUUGUACUUAUCUAUAUCAACCAAAUAUAUAUUUUGAACUUUAUUAUUACGACCCCCCCCCCCCUCC